AUGCAGGACACAGAUCUCGGAGGUCCACUAUUGAUCGCGGCUGCCUUCGGUACCAUGCUAGUGCUUGCUGGAAAGGUCCACUUUGGGUACAUAUACGGUUUAGGGAUGGUUGGGUGUUUGGGUAUCUAUUGUUUGACUAACGUGAUGAGCCCCAAGCAGAACGGGAUUGACCUCUAUACUACGAUGAGCAUCUUAGGGUACGGAUUGCUCCCAGUAGUCUUCCUCGCUGCUGCUGCGGUGUUUGUGAAGUUCACGGGAGCAGUUGGGAUAAUAUUGACCGUUGUGAACGUGGUGUGGUGUACAUUGACUGCUAGUAGAUUUCUGGAAGCUGCAGUAGAUAUGCAAAACCAGCGAUGGUUGAUAGCUUACCCCGUGGCCAUGGUGUAUACCGUGUUUGUUAUCAUCACAGUCUUUUGA